GAGCGGCGAGCGGAGCGGGGCCGGUUGCAGCAGCGUGAGGCACCGCAUCCGUUCUGCUCCGCAGCUGCUAGGAAGGGAAAGGUUGACUUUCUGGCUUAAAUUCUGACUAAAAAUCAACCUUUCCGAGGUCUUUUUUUCCCCUCAAUCGUUGCUGUUGAGGAGGAAAAAAAAAGCACGAUAAGUGCCCAGCGCAGCUCCUUGUCUCAGGACCGUCUCCCAAGCCUCACCUCAACCAUGGUGAUGUUCAAGAAAGUGAAGACCUUUCUCGUGGCCUUAAGCGAGCCUGAGAAGGUCUACUGUAGUGGGGAGAAGGUGGCAGGGCGCGUGGUCGUGGAGGUGGCCGAGGUCACCCGCGUCAAUGCUGUCAAGGUGCUGGCCUGUGGCGUGGCCAAAGUCAACUGGGCCAAAGGCCCCCAGCAGUGCAAGCAGGAGAUGGAGUAUCUGCGCUUCGAGGAUGUCCUCAUGCUGGAGGACCAGCCCACUGAUGAGGAUGGCUCUGUAAUCUUGAGACCUGGAAACAAAUAUGAAUACAAAUUCGGAUUCGAGCUUCCUCAAGGGCCUCUGGGUACCACCUUCAAGGGAAAGUAUGGCUGUGUGGAUUAUUGGGUGAAGGCUUUCCUGGAGCGCCCAUCCUUUCCCACUCAGGAGAUAAAGCAACGCUUUGAAGUUAUGGAUCCCGUUGAUGUGAACACUCCAGAAUUACUGUCUCCAGUUGCUGCCAAGAAGGAGAAGAAGGUGUCCUGUAUGUUCAUUCCAGAUGGCCAUGUCUCAGUCAGUGCUCAAAUCGACAGGAAGGGAUUUUGUGAAGGUGAUGACAUCUGCAUCAAUGCAGACUUUGAGAACACUUGCUCCCGGAUUGUGGUGCCCAAAGCAGCCAUCAUUGCCAAGCACACCUACCUGGCCAACGGGCAGACGAAGGUGUUCACCCAGAAACUCUCCUGUGUCCGAGGCAACCACAUCAUCUCGGGCAUGUCUGAGUCCUGGCGAGGCAAAACCAUCCGUGUCAAGAAGCUCAAGCCGUCUAUCUUAGGCUGCAACAUCCUGCGUGUGGAGUAUUUCCUGCAGAUCUAUGUCAGUGUCCCUGGCUCCAAAAAGAUCAUCCUUGAGCUGCCCCUUGUCAUCGGCAGCCGGUCAGGCAUUGGUAGCCGCAGCUCCAGCAUGGCCAGUCAGACCAGCUCUGAAAUGAGCUGGGUGGACUUGAACCUCCCUGAUGCUCCAGAAGCACCCCCAUGCUAUUUGGACAUUGUGCCCGAAGACCACCGCCUGGAGAGCCCCACCACUCCCCUCCUCGAUGAUCCCGACAGCUUUGACAGCCCCAUCUUCAUGUAUGCUCCGGAGUUCAAGUUCAUGCCGCCACCCACCUACACAGAGGUGGAUCCCUGCACUGCUAACAACAACGUGCAGUGAGUGCCAAGUAAAAAGUUGCACUCACGCUUUUUCUGGACUCUUAAAUCUGCGAUGAUUUAUAUCUAGCAGCAGCACAGACCAGGGUCUGUUUAAGAGCCCUGCUGCAGGAGGAAAUGGCCGCACAGAGGGCACACAUCCCUAGAGCUCCCAGGGAGGCUCAACUCAGCGAGUGUGGAAGAGGUGAAGUGUAUGAGUCUUUGUAUUCCCUGAUGUGCUGACUGCCUUGACUUGUACCAAGAAAUUCUCACGUAGCUCAGGGGUUGUUUAGGACCUUGCUUACAGCCAAAGUCUUCCAAAAAAAAAAAAAAAAAAACCCAAAACGCAAAGGUGCUUAUGUGGAAACUGAUGGAAGAUUCUUGUGUGGAGCAGGGAAGGUGUAAAUGCCUCAAACACCUCAGUUAUGAGUCCUGAGGAGAGGCAGAUUCCAGCCUAAAAAGACUUAUUCAAAAGAUGUUGGUAUGGCAGAAAUUACCAUCGCGAUGCCUUUAAUCUGAUACUGUCCUCAAAAAUGGACGAAUCUGUUCGUACAUGUUCGUUUCACGUCUGAGAAGGCACCCAAGUGUGCAAAGAUUUUAACUAACCUUGUUCCUCCGAUAAGGGGGUUGUUGCUCCUCUUUAAGCUAAUGCCUUUAAUCUCAAAGCUUCCGAGCGUGGACGACAACAUGUCCUGCCGUGAAGCUGCUGGUCGGAGCGCUCGCGCUCUGCCCUUUUCCAAGACGGUUACCUUGGGGUAGAAAACAAGGCACAUCCAACAACUCAAGAAAGCAACAACCCUGUUACGGGAAGCUCCUUAUAGUCUAAUAAGUGCUACCUUGUAGUCUAAUGCUACUUCACAUGGUAAUCUGGUCUCAUUUGCUUGUUCAGAAUUUCAAUUUGUAAGCUCAGCUCUGCAACUGAGCCGGUUUGUGUCAUGUGAUUAUUUUCAUAGUAUUAUCUUGAGUUACACUUUUCUGAACCUACUAAACCCAUGUAAGCUAACACUCCCAGUGUGACGGGAAGAAUCACUAUCCUGUCCUGUUUGUUGUCCUCGAUUUACUACUAUUUGCAGGUAACCAAUGCACCAGCCUCCCAGGACUGCUGAGGCUUUACUGAUGGUAUCCCUGUGGGACAAGUGAGCUGAAGGCUCCUUGUAUCCAAGGUGAACUUCCUCAUGCAUUCCCCUUCCUGGCUGUCCAAACAAAAGUCUCCCAACAGUACUGACCAAAGCUUCAUCUCGUGGUGCAAAUUGUCCUGUCUUGUGUGAUGUCUAGAUGCCAGGAGCAGGGGCUCGUGUGCACACCCCUGACCUGAGCAGAAUCACUGAAACCAAAUCCGUGACUGGGGGAUGGCUCUUGUGAGGGGGGGGGUGAGGGCUUCACCCCCUCGCCCCGGGUGCAUUGUGUUUGCCUGCUGCAGACACAGGAGAAAAGCACUUUUCUGUGACCGUGGGAACCCAGCGCUGCGUGUCCAAAGCCUCAGUGUAGAUGGCUCUGGCAGGGCUGAGCUCUUAAAAAUCACAACAGCUGCCUCUGACUGUCAAGACACGAAUCUGAUAUUAAUUUUUUCUACUGUUAUUUUGUAUUUGUUUUGGGGGGGGAGGGGAAAAAUCUAUAUUUUGUACUGCUGAAAUUCUAUAAACCCCUAUAGGGUCAUGUUUUUAAUAAAGAUUUCUAAAACUGAA